UAGACCAUCAUUCAUAUGCUUCUGCGCUAACAAUCAGGUGAGAAUUCCUAAUCGAGCCGAGUGUGAAGAGAUUCUGGAAGCUGCAUUUUGCAAGCAAUUUAAUUACCCUUACUUUGCAAUUAGCGGACUGGCUUGUUCAGAACGAUGCGUAGCAAGCGAACCCGUGUUGAAGGGGAAGCCAAUGUGGAUGACACCGCUGUGCAGGAACCGGUUGCAGUGGACGUAGUGGAACGCGAUCUGGUUUCCGACGGAGCCCAUGAGCCGGAAGUCAAGCGCAGAAAAUCUCGACCCAGUAAAGCCGAGUCAGGAUUCAUUGACAACGCGGUCUCGGAGGAGAAAUCAGAAACAGAUCAUAGUGCACAGAAUCUCCCUGUAAGUGCUGGUAAAGUAAAGAACGGGAAUAAAUCCCCGACGGAAAACGGCACCAUCAUGAAGAUCACCGGGUUCAGCCAAGAGUUCGAAUUCGAAGUUAAUCUCAACGAGCCCAUGCAGAAGCUGAUCCGUACCAUCCAGCCGUCGCUCAAUUUCGAUUUAUCCAAAGCCUGCAUCUAUCUCUGCGGUGUUCAGGAGUUGACCCCGGCUACUUGCUUGAAGAACUGUGUCCGUGACGGAUCGGAAGGAUUCGUUAAAGUGAAACUGAGUGUUUCGUACACCCAAGGCCAGCGCCCAAGUAUUAACAUUGAGGAUGUGCUGCAAGCCACACAGACCCCGCAAGCAUCCGUUUCUACGCCAGCUCCUGUCAAACGAUCUCCUCUCGGCGCUACCGUGGAGCAUGUCAGCCUGGGCAAAAAGUUGAACGGACGCAAACGUCCAGUUUCCUCCCAUCGUGUAUCCGCGGCCAAACGUAAGGCGGCUAACGAUCAAAAUCAGGAAUGGAUUGAAGCGGAAGAUUUUCAAGCACUCUGCCGCAGCAACAAUAUUCCGCAAGACGUGCAUGACUGGUCAGCAAGCAAUGUGGGGACUUGGCUAGGCUGGGCCGUGAAGAAUUUCAGUCUGCCGGACAUCAAUAUGCGUUUAUUUUCGGAAAUGGACGGGAACGCUGUCUGCUCAUUGGGACGUGAUAUGUUUCGGCAGUUGGUCGGUCGGGAUGACCGCGAUCUCUUUUGGACGCAUCUGGAAAUUUUGCGCUCAAAAAAUUACGCAGAAAUUCCUGUGUAUAGCGUUGUUCCGGCAGUUCCUGACGCUGAGCUGAGCAGUCCGAAGGCUCGUGUACGAUUGCCCAACAAAUCACCCAGCGCCACUGGAUCUCCAUUUGCCAAAGAUUCGGGUAAUGUUCAGUUGUGGACAUUCCUGUUGGAACUGCUGAUGAGUGGUCAGCACGCCAAUGCUUUGGAAUGGACCAGUAGUGAUGGAGAGUUUCGGUUAUUGGAUCCGGAACGUGUGGCGGAAUUGUGGGGUCUGCGAAAGAACAAGCCCAGCAUGAAUUACGAGAAAAUGAGUCGUGCUUUACGAUAUUAUUACGACGGGAAUAUUCUGGCCAAGGUUCAAGGGAAACACUUCACCUACAAAUUCCUCAACAACUUGUCGGAGCAUGCUAAUAUUAACAAGCGCAUCAGUGAUCCUGCGGUACAGAAUCUGCCGUUGAAUCUUUCGCCGCGUGCCAGUAAUCCGUCCUCGCCCAUGACGCCGGCGUCGCUGCGCAGCGAAUCGGAACUGAGUGUGGAAGUGCCGCUGCCGCAGGAGCGUAAAUCCAUUGGAACGGCUCUCGAUCUGCGACGUCUCAGUAGCCAUAGCCUGUCGCAGGUGGCUGCCUGAUUCGGGAUGUCUUUUUGAGUUUUGUUAAUGUUUCGUAUCGUUUAUGGCCAUAUUUGCCCGUCCAUUCCACAGAGACAGGAUCGAUACGCACUAUUUUUGUUCUUACGCCCGAUUUCAGUUUUGGUAUCUGUACAGUAUGCCUGCUAGCUUGUUGAUUUUUUGUUACUGACCAUUGGACUUAGAUUUCUGAAUUAUGUUAAAUUUGGGUCGGCUGGUCGGUGUUUGGUACGAUAUUUUAAAUGCUAGCAGUAUUCUGAUGUUUUUCGAUGGAAGCAAGAUGUUUUUCGAUGUUAGCAAAAGCUCUGUUUUGACGAUG